CUAACGAUUCUAUCAGUUAAAGUUUUAGUGGAUUAUAUACUGCAGUGAAAAUUUUUUCAAAAUGAUGAAAAUUUAUACAACAUUAUUUUGCGUGUUUGUGUCAGUUUUAGUAGUUCGCGGCUUUAGUGAUGAAGAUAAAGCGAAAAUAAAAGAAAUGAUAAUGGAAGUUGGUAAAGAAUGCAUUGAGCAAGAAAAAGUAACACCAGAAGAUGUUGAAAUAUUAAAAAGCCAUAAAAUGCCUGAGAGUCAUAAUGGUUUAUGCUUUUACAAAUGUAUGUUAGAAGGCUUUGGUAUAAUGAAAGAUGGUAAAAUAUCAAGGGAUGGUUUAAUUGCUGCCGCAAAACAAGUCGUUGGUGAGGAUCAAGCAAAAAUCGACAAAGUCAAUACGGUAGCUGAUCAUUGUGCGGAAGUUGUUGGAGCUGGUGAUUCUGAUCCAUGUGUUACAGCAAAAAUGAUUGUUUUGUGUACGCAUGAAAAUCGUGAUAAACUUGGUUUAGAUGUUAUGGCAAUGUAAACUACAGUUUAUAAAAAUAUGUUUUCCACAAAAGGGCCGUGAUAAUAUGAUUAU